GUGAGGAGACGAGUGAGUCUGAGAAAGUGUUACUGAAACAAAUCACUGACACGAUUGUAGGCGCCCACCUGGACACCACCAUCAACACCCACGCCAAUGUCUUGGACGCCAAUACAAGAAUUAAAGAAUCGAAUAAACAGAGCGACAGCAACAACCCAAGUCUGGUCUGGAAACAGUUCGCAGCCUCUAUGGUCCCAGAACUGACCAAGGUCAUCAACUUCUGCAAGAUGCUGCCAGGAUUCUCCGAGGUCAAUCCCGAGGAUCAGGUCCAGCUCAUCAAGCAGGGCAGCUUUGAGGUUAUGGUGACACGCAUCUCCCUUCUGAUUGAUGAGGUCAGCCAGGAAAUGUUGGACCCGCAGCUCAAGAUGAAAUGCAAAAGAGAGGUUGUCCGCCAGAUGCCUAUGGGGCCACUCAUAGAUCAAAUGUUUCAAAUUGCUGAGCAGUUGAACCCACUCCGAUUGACCGAUGGAGAGUAUGGUCUGUUCACAGCAGCUUUAUUCAUUUCACCAGACAGAACAGGUUUACAGAAUGCUUCGCUGAUCAAAACCAUUCAACAAUUAUACAUGAGAGCUCUGUACCAACUCUUAAAGCAAACACAUAAUGACCCAGACAAAACGUUCAGAAAUCUUCUGAGUCUCCUGCCACUCCUGAACCAGAUCAACCAGAGCCACAUCAAAUUCUUGAACAACAUCAAAGACAAAUCUCCGGAGAUGUUCUCAGCCCACUUCCCACAGCUCCACCAAGAAGUCUUCGUCAGCUAAACACAUUCACCAUCUGAAUACUUUACAGUAAACACACACACACCAAUUGAACACUAAAUAUUUAAAACAUUCCCCAACAUAACACUUCAUAGUAAGUACAUUCGUUAACUGAACACUUUACAGUAAAAAUAUUCAUCUACUGAACACUUUACAGUAAACACAUUUCCCCCCAACUGAGCACUUUAUAGGAAAUAUAUUCAUCAGCUGAACACAGUAAAUACAUUCACCUUUAAACGCCCAUUCAUCAAAUGAACACGUUUUAGUGAACGCAUUCAUCAAGUGAUCACUUUAUAAUAAACAUUUAUUAAUUAAACAUUAUAUAGGCAACACAUUCAUCAACAGUACAGUUUAAUCUGCAGUUAAAAACUUUAAUUAAAUACUUACAAUCGACUGGUAUUUAUUGUGCUUGAUUAUAAUUACAACGAGAUAGAAGGAGAUGUACUUAUCUACAACACAUUAACCCAAUCUACAGGCCCAACCUACAACCUAAUCUACAGGCCCAACUUAUAACCGAAUCUAUAAACCCAACCUACAACACAAUCUACAGGCCCAACCUACAACCCAAUCUACAGGCCCAACCUACAACCCAAUCUAUAAGCCCAACCUACAACCCAAUCUACAGGACCAACCUACAACCCAAUCUAUAAGCCCAACCUACAACCCAAUCUACAGGCCCAACCUACAACCCAAUCUAUAAACUCAAUCUAGAACCCAAUCUACAGGCCCAACCUACAACCCAAUCUAUAAACUCAAUCUAGAACCCAAUCUACAGGCCCAACCUACAAUCCAAUCUACAGGCCCAACCUACAACCCAAUCUAUAAACUCAAUCUAGAACCCAAUCUACAAGCCCAACCUACAACCCAAUCUAUAAACUCAAUCUAGAACCCAAUCUACAGGACCAACCUAUAACCUUAUCUAUAAACUCAAUCUAGAACUCAAUCUACAGGCCCAACCUAUAACGCAAUCUAUAAACCCAACCUACAACCCAAUCUACAGGCCAAACCUAUAACCCAAUCUUUAAGCCCAAACUAGAACCGAAUCUACAGGCCCAACCUACAGCACUAUUCCCAACAUCAAAUUCAUUGUCAUUCCCCAUAACUAAAUCUGUCUGGUUACUAUAUCCCUCGCCUCCCGUCCAAACCAUCACAAUCAUUAUUUAUUUUUAUAUUUAAUAAAACUGUGUCAUGUUUGUAUAGUGCCAAUAGUGUUAUCUCUUUGUAUGCAGGACCAAGUGCCAAUAUUCUGAUAUAAGAUACUUACACUUUGCUGUGUCUAUUCUCAUAUAAGAUACGUACACUUUGCUGUGUCUAUUCUGAUAGUCGUUCUUAUUUCAGCUUGAGAUAUCUAAACAAACGAGUUGCAAGUUAUUUACACCUGUGUCUAGACCGACAGAGUUAAUUGAAAAUAGAAAAUGACUUAAUAGCGUAGUCUAACAUGGAGAUGUCACAAAUAUUUGGGUACAUACCUAACUUUAAGUGUAAUAUAGAAAUACUAGUCGACCGGCGGCGUAGCAUACGCCUCUAUUUUGAAGGGCCGGCAUUAGGCCACUGCUAUCUAUGCGUCCACAGUGUGCCCCGCACUUUUAUAGGACCCGCGCUAAUUUUAGGUGUAUAAAUUAUUAAAUUAAACCAUUGUAUAACUUAUAACAGAUUUCCCAGGGCCUUCUGAUUUACCAGGAGCUCCUGAAAAUCUCCUGAAAUUGCGAAAUAUACGAAAAAGUCCUGAAAAUAUCCGGAAAUUAUUAAAAUCUUUUGAAAACUCAUACAAAUCUCCUGAAAUAUAUAGACAAAAAUUGUCAUUUUGGGGUGUCAUUCAAUAUGAAAAACGCGAAUUCUUGGUGCGAUUAAAAAAAAACCGGCAUUAUGCAAUACCCUUAAUUGUGAAAUCUAGUGAAAGAAGCUUAGAUUAAUGAAGAAUUACUUGAGGUCAACAAUUCUCAAAGAUAGAUUGAAACAUUUGGUAAUUCUUGCUAUUGAGCGUGAUCUAUGUAGGAAACAGAAUUCUUAUGAUAUACUGUCUGACUUUUUUUACACGCAAGGCUCGUGUAGUAAUUCUGUGCGUUGUAAAGACUGAAUAAAAUGCAAAGACGAAUAUAUUUUCUAAUACAAACUCUUAAUUUUCACAUAUUAUCCGUAUCCCUACCCAAGCUGGGCACCGCAAAAACCGUUUCACAUUGGGCCUCACAAGUUCGGCCCUGCUAUUUAGUGACGGGUUAAUACAGAGUAGAUUACUUGUUCUCUUUCCAUGACUUCUUGGUCACAAUGGUUAAGUCCGGCCCUGCUAUUUAGUGAAGGGUAAAUACUACUUGUUCUCCCCCCACCCCUCCACCUUUUUUUGUGCCUCUAAAAUUACGUGGGGUAACUAUAGUCCGUCCGACUUGCAGUAGUAAAAUAGUGAUCUUUCCAUUACUUGAUGUGCAAACUCUUGAGCCAUGAAGAAAAUUAUAUAUAUAAAUGAUGUUAUGUGAAUUUGCAUUUGCAAAUUUUUUAUAUCGGUAAUGUGUAUAUCUGAUUCUAACAUUGAAUUCAGUAUUUCUUGUAUAGAUCCUUAUACUAUUUCAAGAUCAUUAUUAUGACAUUUUUACUGUAUAGAAAAAAAAAGAAACAAAAAUGAAAUAACAAAAAGUU